AUGAGGCAAAAUGACAAUCUUGACGAGAAUUCAGAGUUCUUUCUGACUUCAUCGUUGAAACGACAUUCACGCCCUUACAGAGUUAGUAGCGGCGAGUGGGUGACAGCUGUGACUUCAAACUCGCCAUCCCCAUCCCCCACCUAUGGAGCCUCCCGGGUGACAUCCCAGGUACUGUCCCUGAACGACUUGACCAAUGAUGAGAUAGCAACGCACUUUAUAGUGGUCCUCAAGAUUUUCUCCCAGAUUUAUGCCAUUGCGAAGCUUGCACAGAUUGCAUUUAUGGGCUAUGGCAUUGAGCUUGACAAUUCGGAGACUGGCCUCAGGUACUGGAUCGAUCGAGCCGAGACCAAUAUCGCAACUGAUAACCUUGGUGAACUUAUCACCAUUGUGGAACAUCUCUUUUACGUGGUCUAUGCCCGAAUCAAACUCGAGAUGGCGGGAAUUGAGCUUUGUGCCUUGUACAAAAUGGAAACUCGUCCGGCCAUGACAAAAGAUCGCCAGUUCUACAUGCCCGAACCCAACCAUCUGUAUCGCAUCUUCCUUCUAUUCAAGGAUAUCCUCGACUCCCCAGGCAUCUGCGAAGAGCGCGACAACGACCUCAUUUCUCGGUUCAUGGAGAAUUAUGUGCGAAUGCUCAUCUGCAAAGAUGCGCGAUUGGGACCGUUUUGCAUCGAUGACAUCCUGGGAUACCGCCGAUACGCCUACAGCAUUGUCAACAACCGCCAUUCUACCUACUGUAAGAAAUGGGACAGUCUCAUCUCCAUUUUUCCUGAUUUCCCGCCCGAGACCAUGACUGUGCUUUCUGAGAGAUACUUCACUAUGACCCCUAAGCAGGUACCCGACUGCGAUAUCCCCUUAAACGAACUUCCGUUUACCAACCUGGAAUUAAUCGAUCCGGUUCUUCGGGAGAAGCAAAUCAUUAUCGACCACAGAAUCGGCACGCUGGCCAAGUUAGAAGGAAAAUCUAUCGGAGACUGUCGACGUGAUGACGGCAAGAUUCGUCUGUUGCACGAGGUAAAGCAUUCCAAGUGUAUCUGCAAAUCAGCAUGUGUCUGUGCUCGCAAGUGCACUUACGACGUGGAGCGCCGCUGCCCCUGUUCCGAACGACAGCUGCGCAUGCAGCUUGCUAUUAACCGCAAGGGUGUUGGUCGUUUUGAGUUCUCAGACCGAGUCAACACGGUUACCCUGGCCGGUUUCCAAGGACUGGCUGCCAUGAAGGGAGAUGCGCGCGAGGACGCCAUCGCCGAAGAAAUCAUCGACAUCUUUGAGGUAAUUUCGAUGGAGAUCCACAAAGAGAGGCUCAUCGGUGAUGUGGUCAACUGGGUUUGA